UGACACGGAUCGCAACGCUGGAGCCAGCGGAUUUUCCAACUCAGAGGAACGCCGAGAUCGUGUGUGAUUUUGUUCCAUUGGCAAUCUUCGAGAGAGAAGCUCCUUGGAAACUUCCACCUCUUCGAGCAAGCCGAGCGAAUGCCAUCCGGGAAGCUGUGGCUCGUUGAAAGGAUAAUGCCAAUAAAAUAAUUGCCUUGGAGGCGUGGAGAAAGCAAAAGAAAAACGCCCAGGAAGAAGCUGCCGGCAAACUGUGGCCGAACAGUGGUAGCGGGGGUCGUCCGGUAAGGAGGAAGCACCAUUCCCUCACCAAAAUGACACUGCACUGGUGGAAGCACUGGUUCUGGAUUACCGUGUGUGGAGUGGUUCUCAUCGAAUGCACCCCACUCAGUUCGUUCGAUUCCUAUCCCACGAAGCUCUCGUCCAAGCUGGAAGAGAACAGCAACAAAUCCACAUAUCUUAAGCGCGCAGGAGAGCUCCCAUCCUCUCUUCCCUCCGGAGGGGGCAUCUCCUCAUCCAACAGCAAUCCCAGCGGCAAGUCCGGCGGUCCGCAACCGUUCAUAUCUUCUCUGCCCCCAAUGGCUGCCGCAUCCAGUGGACUGCUGUCGAGUUCGAAUACUUCUCCCGGAGGUGCCGUUCCCACGGUGAACAGUAUCGUCAUUCCGGAACCGCUGCCACAGGACGUAGAUGACACAUUCGCCAGCGGAAGCCUGGCUGGUACAGACUUUGGGCCGGAUGUGACUAGAAACACGCGAAAGGAUAGCGAGAUGGAAGGUGCAGGCAGUUCGACGACGACAACAUCUCCGGUUGAUGAAAGUGGAAUCGGGUCGACAACGACGGCGACGGCUGCGGUUAUGGGUUCGGGACGCCUCAAGAAGAAUGGGACGAUAUUCUCGCGGAAUGAUCAGAAUAUUACUACGCUGAAGCUGAAGAACUACAACCGGGGAUUGGAGAAGGAGGAGCUCAAGGCACCGCUUCGGAUGCCGGACCGUGGUACUCGCUUGCUGGACACCCUGAUGCUGACCGCCGUUGAGAACACAACGGAGCCCAUGGAGCUGACCCCGGAGCAUCAGACGGAGGUUGUUGAACCGGAAGAAGGCAGUGGCAACGCCACCGAUGCGAACAUUCCAGAGGACGUACCGUCCGAAAAUGUGACAUUCCCAGUGCAGUCUGGCGAUCAUCUGCAAUCGCCGGUGUCCAGUGACAACAUCAACAACAGCAGCAUCAGUAGCUUUAGUACUAGUAGUAAGGAGGAUAGUAGAAGUAGUAGCAGUAGUGAGCGGGAAAUUCCCGAUAGCCAUAGUGAUAGCGACGGCGCUGGCGGCUCGGUCAGUGCCAGCGAUCGGCGAAUAGGCAAGAUCCUGUCGUCCGAUUUCCGAGACUUUUUAAGCAGUGGCAGCCAGCCGAAUGCGAGCAGUUACAUAUCGCGGGCGAUAGCUUUCUCCACGCAGGACCUACAGGAGGGAAUUGACGACCAGGACCACCCGCUGGAGGAGGACGACUACCGGCGAAGCUCGCGCAGUCAACAGCGGCUGAACGUCGGGGCCAUCUCCGGGAUAUGUCUGGCAUCGCUUGGUCUGCUCUCGGGUAUCUCCGCUGCACUGAUCAUCCUCUACCGGAGGUAUCUCUAUCUGAACAAACCGCAAGCGCUCAGCGAACCGGACUCCAGCGGGUACAUCGAUGACAGCACGAUCCGGGACAACUCGGACGAGAUGUACAGCUUGGAUAAUGAUUCGUUUCUGAACUCGCUGGAGGCGAUGACCAUUCAGAACUACUGGACCGACAGCGUCAAGCAUACGAAGCUGUAGAUGGGGCCCAAGGGCAGGGGAAAGCAACUGUGAACGUUUUUAGUUUAAUGGUUUUACACACAUGGACUACCAACGUAAAUUGAAUUAUUUUUUUAGGUUAGAAACUAUUGAUUACAAUCAUACCGUCGCAUGCCGUCCCUUAGUAUGAAUGAUAGUACGUUUUAUUAUGAUUGAGUAUUACGACUAGGUAACAAAGCAUUCCCUUACAUAUCGUUACUCGGUUUUAGAGUAGUGCUAUACAGUGUAUUUUGUUCCAGUAAGUUCCUUAGUUGCAGCAUUCCAAAUACUUUUACUUCUUAUGAUCUACGCGCGGAAAGUAUAUUUAACCGAAAAAAAAGGUCGGAGAGCAGCUACUCAUUCUUGAACAUUGUGAUUGCCGAAAUGUAGCUGCAAAAUGGGGGAAAAGAAAGAGAUGGUAUUAUAUUUAUUAAAGUGGAAUCGAACAGAUUUGGGAAAACAUUUAUUGUUUCUUUGGUGAAAUACGUAUUGCGUCUAUUGAGGUUCAAAUUCUACAGAGUUAAGAAAUCAUAUUCGAGAGGAAAUCAAAGUACUUAAUGUUAAGUGAGUAGCUUUAGUCGUUAAGCAACCCCAACCAGUGUGGACGAACU